AUGACUUAUGAUUUAGGAUUUGUUGUGGUAAUAGUAAGAUCUGACAUAGUUACUGGUGUACGGGGAAGAAAAUCCUUCGUCAUACCUGGAUGUGAAAGAGGGAGAAAAUAUCGGAAAUACAAAGGCGAUGCAGUGGCUAGUGUAUACGACACUCGUAAAUGCGAAUGUCCGUUUAGAUUAAAGGGUAAACCAUGUUCAGAUGGGGCCGGAUGGGUGUUGAAGGUGAUGUGUGGACAUCACAACCAUGAGUUGGCUGAAACUUUAGUUGGUCACCCUUAUGCUGGCAGGUUAAAUACGAGUGAGAAGUCAUUACUGGUUGAUAUGACAAAGAGGUUAACCUUCUCAGCAACAUUUACUUUCUUGUCUACUGAAAGGCAGAGUAAUUUCACAUGGGCUUUGGAAAAGCUGAAAGGUUUAUUUUUAACAUUUGAGGGUGGUCCUAAAGUCAUUGUCACUGACCGAGACUUGGCUUUGAUGAAUGCCAUUGCAAAUGUAUUCUCUGAGUCAUAUCAGAUGUUAUGUCGGUUCCACAUCCUUAAAAAUGUAAAGCUAAAUGCAAAAUUUCAUGGCCUUUUGUUCUUUGAAUAUGUGAAUCAGACUUGGAUUAUUCCGUACAGCACAUACUUUGUAAAGUUAUGGACGAACAAAGUAAUGCAUUUAGGGAACACAACCACAAAUAGGGCUGAAUUUGCUCAUUGGAGCCUGAAGAAAGUUCCGGGCAAUAGUAUGGGUGAUUUGUGUUCUUGUUGGGAUAAUAUUCAUAACGUCAUUAUCCUACAACACAACAAGAUUAAGGCGUCAUUUGAAAGUAGUUUGUUGCUCACGAGUGACCAUUUUAAAGGCUACAGAUAUAGAGAACUUAUUGGGCGUGUGUCUCGAUAUGCAUUGGAUCUCAUUGCUAAGGAAUUGAAAAUAGUGCAGCAGAUAGGAUUGGACUCCUCAAAGUGUGGAUGCAUAUUGAGACGUACAUUUGGUGUCCCAUGUGCAUGUGAAUUAGCACGAUAUGAUCCUAGGAUUAUCCCUAUAGGUGAAUUUCAUAUCAUGUGGCGAAGAUUGCAUUUCUCAAAUGUUGAAUUAAAUGAAACUGAGCCUCAAUUAUCCAUUAAAGAUGAGUUGAAACAAGUAGAAGAACGAUUCAAUGAGGUUGACAUUGGCGGUAAAGUCACCAUCAAGCAGAAGUUACUUGAGAUUGUUUGUCCUAUAUUGACAUCAAUGGUCCCUCCAUUACAUAAAGUCAAGACAAAGGGUGCACAAAAAAGUAAAGUUAAACGAAGUGAAAGGUCUACUACGCGGGAUCCAUCAUAUUUUGAGUAUGUGGACGCCUUUCAUUCAACCAUAGAAUCUUCAUCUGUGAGAAGUAAAUUACAAUCAAAGCCAAAAGCAAUGAAGAAAAGGAGAUUCAAAUGA